GAGAGAGAGAGAGAGAGAGAGAGAUAUGAAAUGAAGAGAAGUUACAGCGUUUCAGAGGAAAAGAGAAAGUAGUCCAACCCUAGUGCAAGAAGUGCAAAGUACAAGAGACGACAAGUUGUUGGCAAAGAAAGGGAAUAUUAAUGCGCCUACUACUGUUGAUAUUGGAGGGAAAUCAACAGCUUGCCUGCCGGUAUGUCAGCUGAAAAAUUGAAAGAGCUGAAGGAGGGAAGACCCAAGCUUUUUGAUUUCCAAGGCAUAUCCAUGAUCAACUACUUCACAGAUAACUGGGAAAACGUCCAAAACUUUCAAACUCGACCAGAUGAUAUUCUCAUCGCAACCUACCCGAAGGCAGGAACAACAUGGGUGUCCUACAUCCUCGACUUGCUCUACUUUGGUAAGGACAUGCCAGAGAGACAGACAACGCUGCCCAUCUACGAGAGGGUGCCCUUCUUGGAGUUCGCAGUUCCUGUAAUGCCCACAGGUACAGAACUGGCUGAUGCUCUCCCCACCUCCCCCCGCCUGAUCAAGACCCACCUGCCCGUCCAGCUUGUCCCCAAUGGUUUCUGGGAAAAGAACUGCAGGAUGGUGUACGUAGCCCGUAAUGCCAAAGACAACGCCGUCUCCUACUACCACUUUGACCGUAUGAACCAGGUGCAGCCAGAGCCGGGAGACUGGAGUACCUACAUAGAAAACUUCAUGCAGGGAAAAACUGUGUUUGGGCCCUGGUACGACCACGUGACAGGCUGGUGGGAGAAGAAGCAGACACACUCAAAUAUCCUCUACCUGUUCUAUGAGGACCUCAUUGAGGAUACCAGUCGUGAGCUGGAGCGUCUGUGCUCCUUCCUGGGCUUGUCGACCUCCUUGGAGGAGAGGGAGCGCAUCAGAGGAGGAGUGCAGUUUGACGCCAUGAAGGCAAACCCCAUGGCCAACUACUCCACCAUCCCGGUCAUGGACUUUAAAAUAUCCCCUUUCAUGCGCAAAGGGAAGGUGGGCGACUGGAAGAACCACUUCACGGUGGCGCAGAAUGAGAAGUUUGUCGAACACUACAAAGAGAGGAUGAAGAACAGUACAGUGGCAUUCCGCACACAAACCUAAACUUGUGGAAGAGAAGAGGAGAGGAGAGAAGAGAAGAUAUGUUUCUCCUGGCUGGGUCGUCUUGACCGCAAACUCAUCUAAUCCAUUCAUAUCCUGUGGCUUUCAGCAUUACGUGUAUGUGUAUUCCAGGAGAGUGUUGGGCAUUCCGUAACAGUAUGUCUAUUCCUGGAGAAAGUAUGAGAUUUGAAGAUGAAAAAGGCAUUUUGGCCAAUUGCCAACUCAGUGGUUGCUUGUAAAGGCUCAAAUGUCUUGAAAUUCUCAUUUCAACUACAGAGAGCCUGGCUCUCCAUGUACUGUCCUACCGUGGGGGCCCAGGGCCCAUGGAAUUCAGAUUACCACUUAAGAAUCGAUUUGGCAGGUAUUAUUGUAAGGAUCAAAAUUACCUUUUAAAGCACAUUAUAGGGCUUUUAAAGGCUGUGGCAUCAAAGAACAAAGCUCAGUGGUUUUGGAGAAGUUAUCAGACUCGGAUCUCAGCUCAAAAAAUAAGAUCUGUAAAAAUAUCUGGAAAUAACAUUUUCAACCAUUCAUAUGUGAAUAUUGAUAAUGUGCAUAGCUUUCACUUAUUUUAUAUGUGUAAUGACCGGCUAAUAUUUGCAUAUUGUGUAUUCUUCUUUAUUUUUUAAAUUGCACCUCAAAUAU